CCGCCGCCGUCGCUGCGACGCCGCCGGGGUGGGGGGGAGGGUGGGGUGAAGACAAGGCUGCAGGAUGGAGAUGAUCCGGAGCAAUUUUAAAAAUAAUCUUCACAAAGUGUACCAGGCCAUUGAGGAGGCGGAUUUCUUGGCAAUCGAUGGGGAGUUUUCAGGAAUCAGUGAUGGACCUUCAGUUACUGCUUUAACCAAUGGUUUUGAUACCCCAGAAGAAAGGUAUCACAAACUUAAAAAGCAUUCCAUGGACUUUUUGCUGUUUCAAUUUGGCCUUUGCACUUUUAAGUAUGACAGCACAGAUUCAAAGUAUAUAAUGAAGUCAUUUAACUUUUAUGUUUUCCCAAAACCCUUCAGUAGAACUUCACCAGAUGUCAAAUUUGUUUGUCAGAGCUCGAGCAUAGACUUUCUGGCAAACCAAGGAUUUGAUUUUAAUAAAGUUUUUCGCAAUGGAAUCCCAUAUUUAAAUCAGGAAGAAGAAAGACAGUUGCGGGAGCAAUAUGAUGAAAAACGUUCACAAUCCAAUGGUGCUGGAGCUUUGUCCUAUGUAUCUCCUAAUGCUUCAAAGUGUCCUGUAGUUAUUCCUGAGGAUCAGAAAAAAUUUAUUGAAAAAGUGGUAGAGAAAAUAGAAGAUUUGAUACAAAAUGAAGAAAACAAGAAUUUGGAUUUAGAACCAUGCACAGGGUUUCAAAGGAAAUUAAUUUAUCAGACUUUGAGCUGGAAGUAUCCCAAAGGCAUACAUGUUGAGACCUUAGAAACAGAGAAGAAAGAGCGAUAUAUUGUUAUUAGCAAAGUAGAUGAGGAAGAGCGUAAAAGAAGAGAACAGCAGAAAUAUGCUAAAGAACAGGAGGAACUAAAUGAUGCUGUGGGAUUUUCUAGAGUCAUUCAUGCCAUUGCCAAUUCUGGCAAACUUGUUAUUGGGCAUAAUAUGCUUUUGGAUGUCAUGCACACAAUUCACCAGUUCUACUGCCCAUUGCCUGAGGACUUAAAUGAAUUUAAGGAGGUAACAACAUGUGUCUUCCCCAGGUUACUGGAUACUAAACUGAUGGCAAGCACACAGCCUUUUAAGGAUAUUAUUAAUAACACAUCCCUUGCAGAACUGGAAAAGCGUUUAAAAGAAGCACCAUUCAACCCUCCUAAAGUUGAAAGUGCAGAAGGGUUUCCAAGUUAUGAUACUGCAUCUGAACAGCUCCACGAGGCAGGCUAUGAUGCGUACAUUACAGGACUGUGUUUCAUCUCCAUGGCUAAUUUCUUAGGUUCUUUUCUCAGUCCUCCAAAAAUUCAUGUGUCUGCUAGAUCAAAACUCAUUGAACCUUUUUUUAACAAAUUAUUUCUUAUGAGGGUCAUGGAUAUCCCAUAUCUCAAUUUGGAAGGACCAGACUUGCAACCUAAACGAGAUCAUGUUCUACAUGUGACAUUCCCCAAAGAAUGGAAAACCAGCGACCUUUACCAGCUUUUUAGUGCCUUUGGUAACAUUCAGGUAUCUUGGAUUGAUGAUACAUCAGCAUUUGUCUCUCUGAGUCAGCCUGAACAAGUGCAGAUUGCUGUCAAUACCAGCAAAUAUGCAGAAAGUUAUCGGAUCCAGACUUAUGCUGAGUAUGUUGAAAAAAAACAGAUGGAUAAACAGAACAAGAGAAAAUGGACAGAAAAUAGUUGGAAGGAGGUUGAAAGAAAGCGGUUAAAAACCCAGUGCACAUCUUAUAUUCCACAAAGUCGGUAUUACUGUGUUAGCAGUUUUACAGCUACCAGCACAGUAGGAAAGAGAAACAUGAGCCCCAUUCAAGAGGAAGCUGGCUCUGAAGACAUAGAGUCAGUGGAAAUAUCAGACUGUGAGCUUGAUCAGACAGAUUCCUCUGCAGAAUCCCUUACAGAAGGGAAGAAAAAAGCCAAAAAGUGUAAAAAAAUGAAGAAAGAACUCACGUCAGCUGGAAGCAUCUCGAGCAGUUCUGCCAAGCUCUUUGAAGUUCCUGAUUCGUGGUAACCAACAGUUGAACGAAGAAAGUAGGGACUCGGAUUCUGAGAAAUCACCAGACUUACACCACUUGGAAGCCAUACUGUAUUUAAUUUAAUAAAAUGUGGUGUGGGCGUGGUUUGAAAACAAAGUAUGUUCCCUGAAAAA